UUCCCUUUGUUUCCUUUUAAUUUCUUUCAGGGCGCCAUGAGUGUGAGCGCACUAUGCGCAUUUUAGUGUUCCAGACGCCGAAGCUGACCUAUGUCCAGGCGCUUGAGUUCUUGCUGCGGGAGACGCAGGAGCGCCCGGCGGAUUUGGCUCUUCUGCCAGAGUUUGCCCUGGAGCAUCCUGCGCAAUGCACGCACCAAGGGGAGCUCUCCUACGACAACGUGGCGAUCAUGAUGCUGUCACGGCUGGCGCGGCAGCGGCAGUUGUACCUGGUUCUGGGGGUGCGCGACUCUGACUCUGUCGACAUUUGUCUGGUCUUCAACCGGCAAGGGGACAUGACGCUGCACAAGGCCGGAGCCACUUCCGGAGCCGGCCAUUCGAAUCCCGGCCAUUCCGGAGCCGGUUCCGUGAACGCCGAGGUCUCCGAGUGUCCGAGCUUCCAAACGGAGUGGGGCACCGUGGCGCUGCUGGGGGACGUCACCGGGAGCUGGGCGCCGCUGCUGGCGCUGGCGCCCGUGUUGAUCCUCAACCCCUGCAACGCCCCCAUGGAGCUGGACAUGGCUUUGGCCAAGGCCCACCCGGAGUUGCAGGUUGCUGCGUGGCACAAAGGCUUCAGGCGCACCGAGAGGCUAGUCCAGUCGCGGCUUCGCGACACCAGGACAGUGUUCGUCCGUGCGGACGCCCCACUGCGGCAGGGUGGCGCGGGUAUCUCCAUGCUGGUGGAGGCGCACCGCAGCGCGCUGGCGCCCAGCUGGGGCCCCACCUUCCUCCACCUGGAAAUGGAAGACACCAAGGACAGCCGCAAGCUGCCAAAGUGGCGCUCGCUUACCAUUGACGAGAUUCUUUCAGCCUCUUAUGGCAGAGAUCUGAAUGAUGCCGUGGAGAUUGGCCCACGCUAUCAUUUGUGGACCUUCAGGCCGCCAAGUCUUGCCAAGGCUGCUAUGACGCAGACAGCUGAUUGGAGCAGUCUUUGGGAGCAGCCUGAGGCAGACACAGACAUCCUAAGCUUGAUGGGCCGACAGGCGAGUUGUUUUUUGAUGCCACUCGGUCGUUUUUACGUGGUGGCAGAGCGCAGCGGCCAAGUCACACUCUGGGACCUGCGACAGCGCCGGGAAUGCCAGACCUUCUCCGUGGAUGGGGCUGUGGGCUUCGGUUUCGGACUUGACUCGAGUCGAAGUCGAAGCGGUCGUGCGACACGUGCAACACGUGCAGCACGCGUGACGUGUCUGGGCCCAGGGCCCCUGCCGAACCAAUUCGCCGUGGCCACCAGCUCAGCCGAGGGCGUGGUGCUGCGGCUCUUCGAGAGGAAGCUGCUGCGGGACUUCGCACUGCCCUUGGAGGAUUUGCCCUGGCAGCAGUGGAAGCCCUUUCCGGCGAACGAAGGCGCCGAAGGCGCCGACCAAGGCGCCGACGGCGCCCCGGAAAGAGUCCGAGAAAAAGUCCGAGACGUCCGCAUCAGCGCGAUCUUUUGGGUGAGCUCCUCCCUGGUGGUGGCCAUUGCCGAGAGCGAGAACCUCCCCGAGGUGGUUCUGCGCCUGGACUUGGAGGCAUCGGAGGUGGAGGUCCUGGACAUCUACCUCAACGGUCCUCCGCCCGCCUCCUUCUGGGAGGAGUCUCAAGACACCCUGUCAGAUGAGCCGUCGCCCAGUGCGUCGACCGCCUCGGAACUCUCACAGGUCUCCGACCAGCUUGUGAUGGUCAUGGCCUUCGAGAGAGUGAAGUUCCCUGAAACACGCAGCCCGCAGUCGGGCCUGGUGUGCUUGUGGAGGAGUGACCGCCUCUGCAUAUUGACUUUCUCAGACUGGAAGGUUCAUGAUCAGGUGUUGGUCGAUGAUACCGGCGCGCCGAAGGACAAAGAAGAUAUGCCUUUGUGCGCAACGAUUCUGCCGGGAGAUGGUGCCUGCAGCGUUGUGGCAUCAUAUGCCUCCAUGAUCAUUCGAUGGUGGCGGGUGUCACUGACUUCGUGCUUCCAGCAGGCAUGCGUCGUGCUGAGCUCCCCAGUGACUCAGCUUAGUUUGCUCCAGUGUGGAGAGGAAGCCCGAGAGCGAGAGCGAGCUCGGCUCUCGUGGAUGUCAAGCAGCCACAGGCUGUCCCUGAAGGAGUCCAAAGAGAGGACAGAGAGGAGCUCCACUCGAGAUUCCAGCGAAGGCCACAAGCCUUCCAGAGUUUCAACUCUGGAUGGUUUGGCCGAGAGCUCUGCCACCAUCCUGGUUUGUACUGUCGACAAAACCGGCACCAUGACACUGUUCUCAGGUCAAGGAUCAAACUUGAAGCGAGUCUACACUUGCCUCGACCUCUCGUGGAGCACAGCAACGACCGUGGACAGUAUUUGGGUCAUGGAGACACACAUUGCUCUCCUGCAGCGGAACGGUGAUGUUCGUCACAUGGAGUUUGACGUCAACGGAGAGCUCAUGAAGCUUAGUGAGCUCUUCGAUGGCGACGGCUGAAAUGCGGCUGUGGCU